UAUGUAUGUAUUGCUGAUGAAAUGCCACUUAGAAUUCUUGAUAAAAAGGUACAGAAGUGUAAGGAAAAAAUGUGUUUUAAAUUUUUUUAACAUGGUGGAGAAAGGAGUGAAUAAAUGCACAAGAUUAAAUCAUUGGUAGGUAAAAUGCUGAUUCAGAGAAAAAGAUUUAUGUUGAUUGACUUAAAAACAUUUAAUUGUAUUAGCAAAAUGUCUAUGAUUACUUACAUCCAGGAUUUUAAUGGUAUAGAUUGUUUCAGUCAGAAGUUUAAUGAUAUCUGUAACUGGCUAGGGUUCAAAUAUUGAGGUCACUGGUAUUUAUCUGUUUGUUACUGUUCUUGACCUCCUCAAACUAGGAUGCACUAUUGUGAGUGAUGUAGACUGUUAUGUCAUUAUCAGAACGUUUUAUGUAUCCCAACAUACAUCUGGUAUUUAUGUGCUGGUGGGAAAUUCAAAUACUGGUUUAAUAAUUUUACCAUUUGGUACUGGGUAUGUGUGAAUGAUGUAAAGGCACUGAAAUUUGUGUAUGUACACAAUAUUAUUUAUUAUAUGCGAUAAGCGAGUCUUUGGCAUCCAAGCAGUUUCCUACCCAGUGGGGUUUUUUCCCUCAAGGUAAAAACAAUUUGAGCACAAUGCUGACUACCCUCAAUAGGCAAGACUGAAAUGGGUGGCGUUUCACCUCCACACUGAAUAGGUUUGGAUAGUUCUAACCUUCUUGAUUCAUAUUCAGGAAGUUCACAGUUCGAAUCUUGGCUGGGCGUCGCCAAUCCUGAGGUUUUUCUGUUUUUCAUAUUCAGGAAGUUCACAGUUCGAAUCUUGGCUGGGCCUCGCCAAUCCUGAGGUUUCCUGUUUUUCUUAGCACAUACUAGGAUAUUGCUUCAAUUAAGCCAUGAGCAGUCACUUCCAGCCAUCAUUCAUCUACCACCAAACCAUUCAACGGUAUAUGGGCGGAAUAUUGGAACACACAAAUAAAUAUACGUCCACGUCCCUUAUUACCCGCUUCCAAUUGUGUACUUUCCACCCAAAAUUUGAAUAGCGGUGAAGUAUUGAAAUUUUGUCGAAAGCUUUAAUAACACAAUACGGGUUCAAAAAAAGUUGUUUUUAUUGUAAUAUAUUUAGUCAUUUGCUUACAACAUUGAUAUGCACACAUCGCGCCAAAUCUGACCAGAAUUCGAAAGGCCAUGGAAUGUGAACAUCGUGAAUACGCCAUUUUGUAUGGAGGUUAAAUUGCUUGUUUCUCUGGGCUCACAGUUGACUUGUAUAUGCUCUAUUUUGGGCUAUAGUGACGAACUGUAGCAGGUGCACGACAGAGAGGAACAAAUGAUUAGAAGACAAACGAGAGCUGGUCUUGAAGCUGUGACUUAAAAUGGUGUGGUGGGGGCCUGUCUGAAGUAAGAAGGAAGUUAGGAACUGAAAAUAAUCGAUACACACAUGCACAUCGAUCGGUUCCAUGCGGCACACGCACACACACACACACACACACACACUGUAUAUGCGACUUGCGCCGACAUGUUCUGCGCAUGAACUAGCGGGGAGGCCUCUCUUAUCCUGUCGGCAUCGACUGGUUGGAACAGGGGCGGGAGUGGGUGAUGAGGGGGCUGGACUGUUCGGAUUAUAGAGGUGCAACUUCGUCUUCAGUAUACAGCCGUCCCUCGUGAAGAAAGCAGGAAGAGAGACCAGCCCACCCGAAGGUGGACGUGGAUGGUACUGUGAGGUCCCGAAAGGGGUCACCGUAAUCGCGCAUUUCGUUAUUGUUAUUAUUAUCAAGGGGUGUCAGUGGUGCUGACUCACCACCGGAGGAAGAAUUUUCGGAUGGUGAUGGAGACGUCAACACUCUUCACAAUAACUGUUAGGCUUUCUUCAUCAUCUUCAGGACAAUCGUGACGUUUGAUGAAGACAUGUCAUCUAUCUCAGCUCAAGGUGUUGUUGAAAGAGCAAGUGCAGAACUGUCUAAGAGAAUAAAUGGAUUAGGUUUGCGGAGCAGUAAACAUCACCGCAGCAAUUCAUCUACCGCUGCCACAAGUAAUGUGGGUGACACCGGAGGUCAUGGAGGCGGUGGUAAAACUAGCGUCAUGGAACGAGUUACAAAUGUGUUCUGUGGAGGGAGUAAUUCAAACAAUGUGGCAUCCUGUGGUGGGGGUGUUGGGGCACCUGAAAAACCGUCACGUUUGCUGUCGGGUCGUAGUUCGAAAGCAGCUUCCUCAGCAGUGAAUGGAAACAGCGUCCUAGUGACCCCGCAAGUUACACGACGUAUAUCGGGUCCCGCUGUGAACCAAAGCACAGCAACAACAGCUUCAGCCAAUGUUUCUUUACCGCACUAUUUGACAUGGGAGCAACUGAUAUUGGAUGAACGUUUUCUGUCUAAGUUUUUCCUCUAUUUUACGGCUGGUGAACGUCGAACCUUGGCUCAGGUGUGUGGGAAGUGGAGGGAUGUGCUGUAUAGGACCCCUAGGUACUGGGCCGGACUGAUACCCGUCCUGAGGUGUAGGGAGCUCAGAGCUGCCCCUUGCCCGGAGAGGGCUAGGCUGUACUCUUCGCUUCUCAGAAGAGGGUUCCACGCGGUCUCACUCUUAGGGGCUACAGACGAGGAUGCCCUGGACUUAGUACAUUCUUUCCCAUUGGCUGCCAAGCAUGUACAUUCUCUAAGCCUCCGGUGUUCCAGUGUGAGCGACAGAGGACUGGAAGCCUUGCUGGACCAUCUUCAGGCCCUGUUUGAAUUGGAACUGGCUGGGUGCAACGAGGUUACGGAGGCCGGUCUGUGGGCGUGCCUCACACCGAGAAUUGUGUCCCUAACCCUGACGGACUGUAUCAACGUGGCCGACGAGGCAGUAGGCGCCGUAGCACAGCUGUUACCCUCGCUCUACGAGUUCUCGCUGCAAGCCUAUCACGUGACGGACACUGCUCUGGGUUAUUUCUCCCCCAAACAGAGCAAUUCACUCAGCAUCCUUAGGCUACAGUCCUGCUGGGAACUCACCAACCACGGCGUUGUCAACAUCGUCCACUCGCUGCCGAACCUCACGGUCUUGUCGCUUUCCGGCUGCAGCAAGAUCACAGAUGAUGGAGUGGAGCUGAUCGCUGAGAACUUGCAGAAGCUGCGGAGUCUGGAUCUCUCCUGGUGCCCCCGCAUCACUGACGCGGCCCUGGAGUAUAUCGCCUGUGACUUGAAUCAGCUGGAGGAGUUGACGCUCGACAGGUGUGUCCAUAUUACUGACAUCGGUGUGGGUUACAUAUCGACCAUGUUAUCGUUGUCUGCCCUGUUCCUUCGGUGGUGUUCCCAGGUUCGUGAUUUCGGACUGCAGCAUCUCUGUGGCAUGAGGAAUCUGCAGGUCCUGUCUCUUGCAGGUUGCCCUCUCCUGACAUCUAGCGGUCUCUCUAGUCUAAUACAACUCCGCCAUCUGCAAGAACUGGAACUUACGAAUUGCCCUGGAGUUUCGCGGGAAUUGUUUGAAUAUCUGAGAGAACAUUUACCUCGUUGUCUUGUGAUUGAGUAAUAGAGAUACAAAGCAAAAACUAUUCUGAAUGCCCAAAGAGUAUGAAAUGUCUUUGGUGAAUUGAAGAAUUCAAUGUUUAUUUUGUCUCAAUGAAUGUAGACUACGAAGGCAAGCUGCAUACUUCGUAAGUACAGUGGUAUGUGUUUGGUAUAUGUUGAUUAUGUGCCUGUGAGUGGCUCUAUAGGUAAUGAUAAAUAUGAUCAGAUAAUCAGUUACUGUUACACAGUUACGAUGUUUAUAAUCCAGCAUUCCAGUCUGAUAGAAAGGUUAUGGCAAAAAUCGAAGCCAGAAUUUAGAUAAAAUAGAAAUGAGGCUAGAUUUGUCAUCUUUAUAAAUAAAUAUAUAUAUAUGUUUGCCUCUUACAAAGACUGAAAGUUGUUUUGUUAGUAAAAUAUGCUGUUGCUGUUUCACUCUAAGAACUGUGAUGUACCUAGAGUCAGUAGUUUUCACAUUUGCAUACAACCACCUGCACCCUUAUAUACAGGCCCAUUUCAGAAGCACUUGAUCAAAUGGAAGAACAUGAAUGCUCCCAGCUAGCAUUAUAUACUUAGCUACUGAUAUUUUUUUCCUAGAACCCAAAAUUUUGUUUCCUUGAAUCCUCCAUGUCAUUAAGAUUUGUAAUUCCAUGAUUAGAAUACAUAAUCUUGAGCAAUACACAAGAUACAUAGAUAGGGGUCACAUUUCUUUUUAUUGUCAUGUGGACACUAUGGAUAACAUUCCAAAAUAUAAAAUUGUUGAAAAUGUUGUAUCUGUACAAAACACUUCCCUCAAUUAUGCAUUGUCAAUAUUAGUGUUUUCAUCUUUUGUCCAUAAGUAUGAAUCAACUUGGUCUUCACUUACAAUAGGAUUCUAGUGCUCCUUUGUAAUCCUGUUGAUUUAUUCAUGUUUAAUUUUAAAUUUUGAGAAUAUAAUGUUCAUUUCUUUAUUGUUGCUCAAUAAUCUCCAGUAAUUCUUAUUGAGACAGCCUACUGUAAAUAAAAUAGACACUGUAGUGUUCUUAUUGUGUACAAUAUUGGUAGUAUCCUCAAAACAAUCUUUUGAAGAAAGAAAGAUACACAAAGACGAAAGGAGUUAUGGACGAUGCAGUAAAUUAAUCCCAGAGACUAACCCAUUUGGAGUUACUCAUUUCUUACUUACAUGUCUUAUGUACUAAACUAGGAAAAGAAUUGCAAUAAUGUAUCACACAAAAACUAGUAAUAAACAUUCGUCACUAGAUAUUCUUCCUAUUAUCAGAUUAACGCUCUCAUGCUUUCUCACUUUCUGCUUUCAGUUUCAUCUUGUGUAUUGAGGUGGUUGGUUUCUUAUUUAACAGUGGUAUCAGUAUUCAGAUUAUACCUGUAUAUUGUUGGAUAACAGGAUGAUUAAAAUGAGUUUGAGUAGUUUGUAGAAUCAGAUUUGGCAUGGGAAACUUAAGUAUUCAGAGAAAACCUGCCUCAGUGCCACUUUAUCCACCACAAAUCCCACAUUACUUGGUCUUGGAUCGAACCUUGGCCACUGCAGUGGGAAGCCAGUGGCUGUUGUGGUGGUAUACUGCAACUCACCUUGACAGUCUUCUCAUUCUCUCACACUGUAAUGCCAUUGCAAUUAAAAUAAAAUCACCCUGGGAAAACAUUACACAAUGAAGAUAAAUAUAGCACUCAAAAAAUCAGAAUGGAAUCACUAUUUCUGUAUGUUACUCUCAAAUAGAGAAUUUGAUGCCCUGAUGUAAAGUAAAAAGUUGGAAAAUUAGAGAUUUGUAAUGGUAUUGCAGUAAAUCUUCGAUCUAAUGGAUUUUCGAUUUAACGGACCAAAUCCUUUGGUACUUCCCCGUUAUUCUCCAGUUGAUAUGUCUGUACUUCCAUGUAAUAGUUUGGUUGAUAUGUCAUGUAUAUGUACUUUGUCAGUCGUGAAGCGAAAGGAACGAGUAUGUGGUACAUAGAGCAUUCUGUCACAAAUUCAAUUUGUGUUGUGCUGUUGGGUUUGUUCUGUGUUACAAAUAUUUUUUUUAAUAAAUACACAAUGGGCAAGAAAAGAAAAAGGACAAACUUAAGUGUAAAACAAAAUUCAUUAAUUGAUUGAAAAAUUAGAAUUGGGAGUAUCCAUCGCACAUGUUUGUCAGGAAUACGGGAAUUUGGCAAUAUCAGAUGCCCCCUUCUCCCAAUUAGUCCAUUAAGUCGAGCAUAUACUGUAUUUCCAAGUAAUAAAAUUGCUUUCCUGGUAUUUCCAACUUUUCAGAUUUCUUUUAUUUUCAAGUUAAAAGUAUACAUUAAUGUUCGUUUUCAUUAUCAGAUGUACUUGGUGAUGUUAUUUACUCAGCAAUCUAUAAUAUAAUACAAUUAUAAAAUCUUUAAAAAUGAGCAUGAACACGUUUAUUGUUAUUCUGAGUCCACUAUCAGAUCAUGACAUCAUGAAAUGCACUGAAGGGGACAAUGGGAAAAGUAAAUAUAUUUGAAAUACAGCUAAACUAUAAGAAUGUUCCACACUCUUGAGAUUCAGAAUGUGCCUGUGAGACUUCGCUGGUGUGUGAAAUUUAGUUCACUUUGUGUAGGUGCCAUACCCACCACAGAUGGCCUUAACAUCAGCUUGGUUCAACUUGUACAGAUUUCCCAGCUUCAUCUUGCACUUGCUAUUUAGACUAUAUAUAAUAAACCAGAGAUUACCAGAUUCCUGUGUAUAUGAGCUUCUUAAAAAAAAAAUAUAUAUUUUCAGAGGCAAUGCUACAACGGUUCACAAAGAUCUAUGCAGAAAAAGAUAAAAUUCCUUUUCAUUAUCUCAAGAGUUAAUUCAUAAUUUAAAUGAUUAUGAUGUUUAAUAAUUCAGUUUUCAGGAGAUAUUUAAAAGAAAAGGAUUGUAAACCAAAAACUAACAACAAACUCCAUGGUUUUAGUCCGCAAGCGAACUAUACCGAACGAGUGACCGCCGCUUCUUGGCAAAGUCAGUGCC